ACUUGGAAGGUAGAGAAAUGAUCACGCCUUUCAUUAGCAGGGAAUAGGUUGGUAUGCUCAACAGUUUUCUUGUAGUAUGUAGGCUGCAGUGGGCAGCUGAUUCCUGAACAGGCUUCAUUCUGUGACAGGUUGCUUAGGGAUUUUCGUGACACUGUCAUCCAAGUUGUGGCCAUCAUUCUUGGUUAUGUGUAUUAAUAUUAGGAGAACGCUGGAGACAAAUGUAGUGGUCACAGCUGUCUACUAAUUACCUGUAUCUAAACUCCUCACCUCGUUUGCAGUCUGUGCUUUGUGUGUAGUCAUUUGUUGUGACAGCUUUAUGAAGUGUGGGUGCUGGACAGGCAGACUGCUUCAGUACUUCUGUCCUUUGCCUUCACUGCAAUCAGCGUUCUUGAUAGUAAUAGAGAAAGUGUCCGACAGGCACGAAGCCAGGAUAGAAAUGUGGUUUAAUUAAUAACAAGGAUGGUUCUGUUUUCAUAGAAGCUGAUGAUCAGUGCAUACUGGAACUCUGUACCCAGGUUGAGUCAUUGCAUAUGGUUGUGCGAAAGUGUUGUUUGGUCCGGCAGAAAUCUUAUAGAUUGUUUUUAAGAACAGUGGAGGUAGCAAAUAAAUAUACUUCACUAUAUAGUGCGAUUACUUGUUAAAAUUUGUUUGGAAACGAUUGCUUUGUUGCUUAUCAACUCUUCAAGGCUGAACUGUGCAGCAUUUGACAUGGAAUUACUAUGUGAUAGGAAAACUCUGGGGAGCAGCCACGAGAAAGGCCAGCUUAGAGGAAAAGGGUGAAGCUUUAUUUCCAUGCAGGCUGCUCGGUGGCCGCUCUCAGAGCCCUGCAGAUUGCUGCACUGCAUGUAGUGAGCAUUACCAGUGCUGGAGGGCCCUGCUGGUGCAGCCCUUAAACAAAAGGAGGGCUGGGCUCUUGGUGUGCGGCGUGCUGGCUAUCGCUUAGUUCUGCUGCGUGACAGUCUCACUUGCACUGGCUGCCCAGCUUAGAAAAUGAAUGUUUGUUUGUUUGUUGUCCCUGGGAGUUCUUGCCCCGCGUUUCCUAUUGGAGCACAGGUGUGUUGUAUAUGGCUGCAGAUGUAUGCACGGGGAAAGGAAAGUACAAAUAGAAAAAUUAUGAAUACUGUGGAAGAAAAACAUCACUUUUUCAAUUAGGCCCUUUUCAUCACGUGCGUACUUUACCAGGCCUCAUUCUAUGUGCCUGAGCGUUUAAAAGUCGCAAGCCAGGUGGACAAAACGAGGUAUUGAAAAGGCAAUUUACUUCCCGUACUAUCUUAUUUCCCGUGCCGCUGAAUAGGUGUGUGUGAAUAAGGAGGUUUCUUUUGUGGCGGCACAGGUGCGCGGUGGCUCUGCAGCAGGGGCAGGGCCGGUGCUUGAGACUAGCCAGUUGCCAUGGAAACAAUUAUGAUGUCACGAAUUCAGGGCAGUGACUUCACUGCAGUCUACUCUAUUCUCAGCUUUCCUCAGCUCUGGCACGGUGAUAAGCGUCUCUGUGUGAACCCGAGGCUUGUUUAUUCAGUAACAGCAACGCACGUGCUCCAGACUCAAGAAUGAACAAUCCGUCAGAAACCAGUAAACCAUCAAUGGAGAGUGGAGAUGGGAACACAGGCACACAAACAAAUGGCCUGGACUUUCAAAAGCAGCCUGUGCCUGUUGGAGGACCAAUCUCUACAGCCCAGGCCCAGGCCUUUCUUGGGCACCUUCAUCAGGUCCAGCUCGCUGGAACAAGUUUACAGGCUGCUGCUCAGUCCUUAAAUGUACAGUCUAAAUCUAAUGAAGAAUCUGGGGACUCUCAGCAGCCAAGCCAGCCUUCCCAGCAGCCUUCAGUGCAGGCGGCCAUACCCCAGACCCAGCUCAUGCUGGCCGGAGGACAGAUCACUGGGCUCACGUUGACGCCAGCCCAGCAACAGUUAUUGCUACAACAGGCGCAGGCACAGUUGCUGGCAGCUGCAGUGCAGCAUUCAGCCAGUCAGCAGCACAGCGCUGCUGGUGCCACCAUCUCGGCCUCUGCUGCAACGCCGAUGACGCAGAUCCCUCUAUCUCAGCCAAUACAGAUUGCACAGGAUUUGCAGCACUUGCAGCAGCUUCAGCAGCAGAAUCUCAACCUGCAACAGUUUGUGUUGGUGCAUCCAACAACCAACUUGCAGCCAGCACAGUUCAUCAUCUCACAAACACCGCAGGGGCAGCAGGGUCUCCUGCAAGCGCAGAAUCUCUUAACGCAACUACCUCAGCAAAGCCAAGCCAACCUCCUGCAGUCUCAGCCAAGCAUCACCCUUGCCUCGCAGCCAGCAACCCCAACACGCACAAUAGCAGCGACCCCCAUUCAGCCACUUCCACAGAGCCAGUCAACACCAAAGCGAAUCGACACUCCCAGCUUGGAGGAGCCCAGUGACCUUGAGGAGCUUGAGCAGUUUGCCAAGACUUUCAAACAAAGACGGAUCAAACUUGGAUUCACUCAGGGUGAUGUUGGGCUCGCUAUGGGCAAACUCUAUGGAAAUGACUUCAGCCAAACUACCAUCUCUCGCUUUGAAGCCUUGAACCUCAGCUUUAAGAACAUGUGCAAGUUAAAGCCGCUUUUGGAAAAGUGGCUCAAUGAUGCAGAAAACCUCUCAUCUGAUUCAACUCUCUCCAGCCCAAGUGCCCUGAAUUCUCCAGGGCAAGGAAUCGAAGGCGUGAACCGUAGGAGGAAGAAACGCACCAGCAUAGAGACCAACAUACGUGUGGCCUUAGAGAAGAGUUUCCUGGAGAACCAAAAGCCUACCUCGGAGGAGAUCACCAUGAUAGCUGACCAGCUAAACAUGGAGAAGGAGGUGAUCCGCGUUUGGUUCUGUAACCGGCGCCAGAAGGAGAAAAGGAUCAACCCACCCAGCAGUGGUGGAACCAGCAGCUCGCCCAUCAAAGCAAUUUUCCCUUGCCCAACCUCACUGGUGGCAACCACGCCAAGCCUUGUGACUAGCAGUGCAGCUACUACCCUGACUGUCAAUCCUGUGCUCCCUCUGACCAGUCCUGCUGUAACUAGUUUGUCAGUCACAGGCACAACAGAAACCACCUCCAACAACACAGCAACAGUGAUUUCAACGGCACCUCCAGCUUCUUCAGCAGUGACAUCACCCUCCCUGAGUCCCUCCCCUUCUGCCUCAGCCUCCAUUUCAGAGGCAUCCAGUGCCAGCGAGACCAGCACAACACAGACAACCUCCACUCCUUUGUCCUCCCCUCUUGGGACCAGCCAGGUGAUGGUAACAGCAUCAGGGUUGCAAACAGCAGCAGCAGCUGCAUUACAAGGAGCUGCACAGUUGCCUGCAAAUGCAAGUCUCGCUGCCAUGGCUGCUGCAGCAGGACUAAACCCAGGCUUGAUGGCAUCCUCACAGUUUGCAGCUGGAGGUGCCUUACUCAGUCUCAAUCCAGGGACAUUAGGUGGUGCUCUCAGCCCAGCCCUGAUGAGCAACAGUACACUGGCAACUAUUCAAGCUCUUGCAUCUAGUGGCUCUCUUCCAAUAACAUCACUGGAUGCAUCUGGAAACUUGGUGUUUGCCAAUGCUGGAGGUACUCCUAACAUCGUAACUGCCCCUCUGUUCCUGAACCCUCAGAACCUUUCUCUGCUCACCAGCAACCCGGUUAGCUUGGUCUCUGCAGCUGCAGCCUCCGCAGGGGCCUCUGGACCAGUCGCCAGCCUUCAUGCCACCUCCACCUCAGCCGAGUCCAUCCAGAACUCUCUCCUCACUGUGGCCUCUGCGAGCGGGGCCACGUCCACCACCACUACUGCCUCCAAGGCACAGUGAGCUGGGCUGAGCUGUGCUGCCAGCAGCCUUUUUCACUGUGCAGUGGGAUUGGCUGCCAGUGGGGUUUAUGAACUGAAAAAUGUGAUGGUCAUCCUCUCGCCGUGUUGCUGGGGACAAGGGAGAGAAGGAGAAAUAUUAAAAAACAAAAACAAAAACAAAACAAAAAAAAAAACACCACAAAAGCAAAACAGGAAGGAUUUAAAGCUGGGACAGACAUUUGCCUAAUUUUAUAAUAAACACUGUCUUUUCAGGAUCGCUUCAUGGAUCGGAGAACUUUCUAACCAAAAAUGUAAAAAAAACAAAAACAAAAAAAAACCAACAAAAAAAAA